UUUUUUUCAGAACAAAAAUGUUGUUGAAGAAUUAAAUAUAGAGUCAACUACAGUCGUUUCUUGGUUCAAUAAUUGCCGAAAUGAAUGUAUUAAUUUGAAAGAAAAAAUUGGAGGUUUAAAUAAAAUGAUUGUAAUAGAUGAAACUUGUUGGUUAAAUCAGGAACACAGAAAAAGAAGAACUAAUGGAGAAGCAAGAGAAGAAUUAUAUUUUGGUUGUAUAGAACACGGAGAGGGAGGACAAGCAAUUAUGGAACGUGUUGAAGAUAAGGAAAUGAGCACACUUUUAAGAAUGAUCGAAAAAUGGAUUGAACCUGGAACUUUAAUAAUUUCAAAGGAUUACACAAGUUAUUUAUUAAUGGAAAAAUUAAUACCACAAUAUAAGCAUGUAUUAAUUCGUUCUGAAGAAAACCCGGAUGUUGGAUCAUCUAAAGUUGUUGAAUUAGAGGAUGGAAGUAUUUUAAAUAUCAACACAAAUCAAUGUAUGGAUUUGUGGAUACAUUUAAGACAAAAAAUUGUAAGAAUAUCUGGAACAAGUGCAAAAUUAAGUGAUUCUUAUAUGAUGGAAGCUCUUUUCAGAAUUAACGCUAAAGCUAGAAGAGAAAGUUUUUGUAAUGCUUUUAUUAAAAAUUUGAACAAAAAAUAUUGUCUUUGA